GAUGACGUUGUUGACGCUGAUGACGCUGUUGACGUUGUUGACGUUGAUGACGCAGACAGGUGAACGAGGACAGAGAACAGAGAACAGAGAACAGGAGAACAGAGAACAGGAGAACAGAGGACAGAGAACAGAGGACAGGAGAACAGAGAACAGGAGAACAGAGGACAGGAGAACAGAGAACAGAGAACAGGAGAACAGAGAACAGGAGAACAGAGGACAGGAGGACAGAGAACAGGAGAACAGAGGACAGGAGAACAGAGAACAGGAGAACAGAGGACAGGAGAACAGAGAACAGGAGAACAGAGGACAGAUAACAGGAGAACAGAGAACAGGAGAACAGAGGACAGGAGAACAGAGAACAGGAGAACAGAGGACAGGAGAACAGAGAACAGAGGACAGGAGGACAGAGAACAGGAGAACAGAGGACAGGAGAACAGGAGAACAGAGGACAGGAGAACAUAAGACAGGAGAACAGAGGACAGAGAACAGAGGACAGAGAACAGGAGAACAGAGGACAGGAGAACAGAGAACAGGAGAACAGAGGACAGGAGAACAGAGGACAGAUAACAGAGGACAGGAGAACAGAGGACAGGAGAACAGAGGACAGAGAACAGAGGACAGGAGAACAUAA